UGAAGCGAAAGCGGUGGCAAAAUGCGCUGUUGCCUUUUAAGUGUUUAGUUUCGUGCCGUGGCGCUUAACUAAGCCAUGACACUUUUUGAGUAGGCUCUUAGGAUGUUUAUAACAUUGUGUUACAUGUAUUUGUGGGUGCGCUUCCACAAAUGCUAUUCAGUGCUGAUUCGCAGCAGACUGUCAGCACCGAAGAGCGACACAAGCUUGAGCUUCAUUUGCUCAGCUUCGCCCAACUCUGUGCCUCCACGCCGAUUAAGUCCUCUGUCUCCUGGGGACAACAUAUUUCUGCAGCUGGGAGACAAAGCAGUCACUUUAACUGAACUUCAGGUAUGCGAUGACCUCAUCAAAUGGACUGCGUUACCGGGAGCCUCUGUCGUUUGUGGUCAAGACCGUGAGAAUAUUUCAUUCAUCAUAGAAGCUGCUGGACACAAUGGUGACCAUGACGCAUCAAACAAGAAAGUGUUAAACUGGUCGGACUUCUGCAUACCGCUGGCUUGUAGCCCUGACAAGCCCUUCAAGGCGGUGGCUCAGGCCAGUGUCGAUAAUUUCAGUCGCCUCGGGGUAGCUUUUUUAGAGGAUCGACUACAACUGGAUAAAGGACUUGUGCCUUCAAAGAUUGUCCCGGUUGUUCUCCAAAAAUCCACUGUAAGUGAGCUGAUCCAACGCCCUGAGGAGGCCGUAAUCCUGUGCCACACCCAUGCUGUAAACGGUCAGCGUUGCCCUAAUCACAUGACAACACACCUGCAGCACCCUCAGCACUGUGACUCACAACUCACAACAGAGAAGACAUCAGAAGAACAAAGAGGAUCGGGACAAAGCUGCGUCUCCGACGACGAAAGUCCUGACUCCGAGGAGCACAUGGAGAACCACGGGCAUCAUCUCCAUCUGUCUAGCUGCCAUGAAUGUCUGGAGCUAGAGAAUAGCACUAUUCUCUCAGUAAAAUAUGCCUCAGCAGAGAACGUUUCAGAGUAUGGCGACUCCCUACAUCUGGAUGGUGAUGAUGACACUUUGGAAGACUUUGAACAUGACACCAAAAGCUGUGACCAGUACAAGAAACCUCCAAAUGUUCUUGUGCACACAAAUGGCAGCAAAGAGCGUUUUCAUGCAGUUCGGCGGAUUUUAACUGAGUGUCUUAACGUGGAAAAGUACACUAUAUAUCCCCUGGAGCCGCAACAGGCUUUAAGUGAACCCUGGAUGGAAAGUACAAAACUCCUGGUGCUCGCAGAGGAAGAAGUUCUCACUCCCCAGCUUCAAAAACAAUUUCUGAACUACUUGAGCCAGGGUGGAAAGGUCCUCGGGCUGGCAUCCUCCCUCUGCCCUACAGGGCUCUCACUAGAAAAUAGAGAGUGCUCCUACGGGCAAGUGCGGAGACUGCGCUUCACACAAAAGGACGACACAGAACUUGAAUUGAGCGUGUUAGCAAGCGGGAAGGUUUAUGUCUGCAAUGUCCCUGGGCAGGGAAAAAUUGAACUAUGGGGGGAGCUCAGAGAUGUUCCUCAUCAAAAGGAUGUGGUUAUUGUCAAUGUAACUCCCGGAGAGCACGGAGGGGAAGCUGUCCUGUGUCAGGUACACCUGGAAAAAGCUCUGGCAACUGAAGAGUUUGAUAAUUUACAAAUCAACAAUGCACUACAUCACCAAGUCUUGGCAGAGAUUCUGCGCUCUCUUGGCCUUAGUUGUCAGAAAAACCAAACACCAGCACCAAGUCCAGUUUACCUUCUGGCGACAUCUUGGGAGGCCAAAGAUAAGUUUCUGCAGUGGCUAAAGUCAUAUACCGAUGAAAAUGGCCUCAUCCCAAUAUCAAAGGCGUCUCUCAGGAUCACAGCCAGUUCUGAUCUACAGAAUUGUGCUUUUCAGCACGAUGGUUCUCUUUCCCUGUUCACCAACUAUCCUGAGACACAGACGUGGGAGCCCUUCUGUUUGGAAACCUAUUGCAGUAACCUGAAAACGAGUCGACUGGGACAUACAAUGCUGUAUGCCGAUGUAGUUACUUCGACCAUGGACGUGGUAGAAGGGUUUAACCACCAUUUACCAGAGGACGCUGGUUUAAUUGUGAUAGCAGGGCAACAAAGUAAAGGCAAAGGUCGGAGGAAAAAUGCCUGGCUCAGCCCUCUCGGAUGUGCCAUGUUCACACUGUGUGUGCAAGUGAAGCUGAGCUCCAGACUUGGACAGAGGAUUUCUUUUCUGCAGCACCUGGUGGCGCUUGCUGUAGUCGAGGCUGUGCGCACACUUCCCGGAUACCAGGAUAUUGACCUAAAAGUAAAGUGGCCCAAUGACAUCUACUACAGCAACCUGACCAAGCUUGGAGGAGUUCUAGUGACUUCUACUGUAAUGGGUACAACUUUUCAUCUACUAAUAGGCUGUGGUUUCAACGUGAGCAACAGUGAGCCAACAGUGUGCAUCAACGACCUGAUCCAUCAGUACAACAUUCAGCACAAUUGUAACUUGCGGCCACUGAGCAGUGCGCAGCUUAUUGCUCGGACUGUUAGCUGUCUGGAGGCCCUCAUAGACUGCUUUCAACAGGAAGGCCCAGAGGCUGUCCUUCCAAUGUACUACAAGACAUGGCUUCACAGUGGGACUUGUGUGCGGCUGUGGAGGGAGGAUGGACCUGAAGCUGAGGUGAUGGGUCUGGAUAGUAAUGGCUUUCUUCAAGUCCACAGCAAAGAGCAGGGUGUCAUUUCACUGGAGCCCGACGGGAACUCUUUUGAUAUGCUGAAGAACCUGGUGGUCGUCAAGCAGCAUUAGAAACGUAUCCAGAAUGAUCAUUGCUUCAUUUUUUGCGUAGGUAAUACCGGUAUUUGAUUUGUUCACACAGGGCAGGAUGUUUUAUUUACAAUCUAUGUUAUGUGCUGCUGAUUAUGUGACUCCCUUGUUUUUUGUUUUUGUUUUGCUUUGACAUAGCCAAUUAUUGGAACAGUUAUUUGUGCGUAUGCAUUGAUUGCUAAUGGUAGCCAAUCCUUAAAGGUCAUGAUACAAUAUUUAAAAAAAAAAAAAACCCCUCAUCAGAGUCCCUGAUUUUUGAUGAUGGUGCAUCAAGUCUGUACCACAUAAAUUAGGUAAAAUAUAUGAAGAUAUUGAUAUUUUUACAGAUUCUAAUCACCCGUGCAAUCAUGUCCACUAGGCAGACCCUCCAGUAAUUCGCGAUCUUGCCAUAUCACGCAAAAUCAGCCAAUCCCAGCAAAUUAUGCAACCUCACGUUUUGACCGUCAUUUUCACCAAUCAGAUUUAUUCCUCAGAAGCAUUUAAAUUCACACAUCAACCACCUAAUCAAAACUUAGGUUUGUUUCUUGUGUCGACAAACAAAAAUCAUCGCUGUCGAACACGCUCAACAGUUUCGUAAUGUUCCCAAAUGAUGCGGUUGUAAACUGAAAGGUAUAUAAUCAAAAAGCACUUUUCAACACUAAAAUACACUGAGAAUGUCGGCAACUUGUGUUUGACAGAAAGCAAUAAUGAAGCCUUUGGUGGUGUAAUAAAGCAGUCAUUUGGCAGUCUUUUUUUUUGUAGGGAUUUUCCGAUCAGAAUUUUAUGCUGACUCUACCGAACAUUCAUGAGUGAGAUCGGUCGAUACUGAUACCAAUCACAUGUAUUAACUGUUCAUUUGUCAAUGUAUUUAUGAUGAGUGCGUUUGACAGUUUAACAAUAUCCACGCAAUAUUUUACCUAAAUCCUUUUUUUCUUUUAUUACAUACAAUUGUUCGAGCGAAGCAUAUUGUAGUCAAUAGUACAUAACUAAACAAAAGUAAAAAGUACUAUUUACCACUAAUUUAAAUUAGACUUAGACUUAGACAAACUUUAAUGAUCCACAAGGGAAAUUGUUCAACACAGUAGCUCAGUUACAAUGAUGGAAAGUGUAAGGAUGGAAAGGACAAUGCAGGUAUAAAUAGACUAAUAUAGCGAUACAAAAUCUAACAUAUAUAUGAAUAUAUACAUAUGUGUACAGAAUAAUAUAUAUACAGAUAUAUUAUAUUAUGUAUAUAACAUAUAUACAAUAUAUACCAAUGACCAUGUACAAUAUUACAGCAUAUGUGACAGCAGCAGCAUAAAAUAGAGAGUAGAUCCAGCAGGAAAUAGAAAAUAGACAUUAUAAACAUUAUAAACAAAGAGAAGUAGCUAACAUGUCAGGUGUCAGGUAAUAGGCAGAUGUCAUCUAUUGCUGUAUGACGAGUGAUUAUACAGCUGGAUGGAGUGUGGAAUGAAGGAGUUGUUGUUUGCCAUCAAAGUCCCCCUGUGUUCUCCUAGGGGGAGAAUUAUUGGCGUGUCUAGUGGGACAGGUGAGAGUUAAGUUAGAGACAAUGCAAUCGUUUAUCAAUUAUUUAAUGUAUCUGUGCGGCCUGGUAGCAAAUGCGUCACGGACCGGUCCCCGCACUGGUGGUUGGAGACCCCUGCCUUAGGAGAUCGGCUCCACACUGUGUAUGGAGACAAAUAAUUAGCAGCUAGCAGUGUCAGUCAGAUGUGAUCAGAUUAAACAACAUUAAUCUGCAAAGGCCAUAACAUACUUUUUCACCAAAGUCAGCCGAUACUGAUCGAUCGGCACAGCCCUAGUUUUUCGAGAAUGUGCAUUUAGUGCCAAAUCCGGAUUUAUGACUGUGUGGUAAUAAAACGAGUGAAACAUCAAUAUUUAUUUUCCAAACUAUGCUCGUAUUUGUGUGUAUAAACCAGUUUCAUUAUAUUUUGUUUGAUUUGCUGAAAUCCUGUGCAUUUUGGGUUCAAAGUUACAAAUAACACUUAAAAUAUUGAUGACACAUUUUAGAAAAACAACGCAAACCAUUGCAUCUUUUGCUGCAACUUUUUGAAAAAUCUGCAAAUCCUGGAGGGACUUAAUGCAGAUAUCGUAGGACACAGCAUGGCAUUGACGGCACGUUAUUACAUCGUAGAUUUUCUAUAUUAUUGAAUUAUUAAUAAACUAAGUAAAUAAUAUAUAUUUAAAAUAAUCAAAAUGAAAUAUAUUUUGUCUAAUACAAACUAAGCUACAUAACACAUUUAAAAUAUAAAUAUAAUAAAAUUAACACUUUUUUUCUUUUUUACUGUAGAUAAUUUUAGAUUAGUUGCAUUUUUACCUGCGUGUAUGAUGAACUUUAAAACUGAGGGGGCAAAUAAUCAAGCAGUAUUUAAGCAUGAUUAAAGCAAUACAGGCUCAAAAUGUUGUAUAAAAUGUUAAUAAAUGUGAUAAGAUAUCCUUAUAAUUUAAUCAAGUUUGUGAAAAUUGUGUCAAUUGAGAGGUUGUUAAUAUGAUGAAUACGUUUGGAGAAAGUAUGAUAGAUAUAUGCUUAUGCUUCAUUACAUGUGUACAAUACGAUGUAUGGUAUUUAUGGCACAUUGUACCAGGAAGUGUUCAUUUCACACAUUUAUUAUUUAAAUAGAAAUGACAAAUAGUUUAAAUUGUUUACGGCAGCAGGGCUUCUGUUGUAUCCUUACAACUCUCCUGUUGCCUUUAAGUCCAUUUGAUACAUUUUCAAAUUCUUUUAUCUGGUUUUCCUGAAAAUGACACAGAUGGUCCUGUACCAAAUAUGCUCUUUGCAAGUAAAAAUAAAGAGUUGAAUUAUGUGUGUUUUAUUGGUAAAUUUCACCUUCUGGAUUAAUGUUUUGUACCACAACAAACACACUAG